AUGGGUGUUGAGAGCAAUACUUCUGGAUUGGUCGAAAAGCUCUUAGUUAGGGCAGAGCAUUUAAUGGACAGUUCUAUUAGCUUGGUGUAUAAAAAACGUUUGUUGAAAGCACGGGGCGUUUUUGAUAGUUUCUCGAGUUGGAUUGGCUUGGCUCCGUAUCCGGCGUCGAGAGAUUUGUUGGCAGCUUUCCUUGCCUGGAUGGAGUUGUCGGGUAGGACGUCAGAGAUCCAAACCUGCCUGGCCGCAAUAGCAAGGGAGCACAAG